AUGUCUACAAGUCCACGUCCCAAUAGAAAGCUUUCACCAUGCUACAACACAUAUCCUGUUGCUUUUUAUUUCAAGUGGGGUCUGUGUGUUAGUUCGGUGCAUGAAGUGAAAGGGAAAGGAGGGAACCCUAAUCCGUUUCAGAUUCCAUCAAUGCUGACUGGCACUGACUCUGUACUGAAAGUGAACCCUGCAUUUCAUGCUUACAGACAUUUCCAGCCACACUUCAUGAUAUGCAUGCUAUUCUAUCUGGCUGACAUUGACACAGCACCAGUUCCUCAACUCAUCUUUUCUGUAUGCACAAAUUUAGCAGUAUAA